AUGAUGAGCUGUGAAGUGAGAACUGGAGGUUCUGAAGGUCUCAACCUGGAUGAUGAUUGGUCAAGUCCUGACAAAGACAAAGACAAGGACCACAUGUAUCUGCCAAAUCCAAAUGUGGACAAGGCAACUGUACAGCAUGUCAAGAGUCCCAAGAUCCUUCACAGAUCACUUGAAGCUUUUCUCAAAAGCACACAGGAUGACCUUGCUGACACACACAGAACUUGCCAAGUAACAAGUCCUAUCAGAAGCAGGCCAAGAGAGGAGGGCAGGGAGAGUGGAGAGAGUAGGAUUUUGGGGCUGGAGCUCAAGCUCAGCUUAUGGACCAAGGACAUAGCAGGCCCAAGCACCACAUGCUCAACACCAAUACCAUUCACAUCAUCCACCAAUAUAUUGGUCCUUCCUGUUGUGACCAGCCAGUGGGAUUGUUUCCAGCAAUGGAACACAGAGCUUGAGGAAGUUGGUGCCAGGAGCUCUGCAAACACUACCACACCAUCUCUGAACUCCACACCAAAGUCAGAUAUCUCCAAUCUGAUAACCUCAAGCUCUGCAAGAAAGUCUAUUGCAUGCAAUCAUAUCAUGAACAAGGCUCUUGAAUAA